AGCUUCCGGCAGAGUGCCCACCUGGCACAGCACCAGCAGGGCGCCCACACCAGCCAGCGCCCCCACGCCUGCGCUCACUGCAGCAAGAGCUUUGGGCUGCGCUCCACGCUGGCACGGCACUUGCAGACACACAGUGUCGAACGCCCCCACGGCUGCCCUGACUGUCCCCACCGCUUCUGCCAGCGAGCCCACCUGCUCCGGCACCGGCUAGCGCACACAGGUGAACGUCCCUUCCCCUGCCUGGUCUGCAGCAAAGCCUUUGCCCUGAGUGCCACGUUGCUGCGGCAUCAGCUGGUGCACACAGGUGAGCGCCCCUACCGCUGUGGGGAGUGCGGGCGCAGCUAUACACAGAGCUCCUACCUGCGUCAGCACCAGCGCAGUGCCCACGCUGGCCAGUGCCCCCACACCUGCCCUGACUGCGGCCGUGCCUUUGCUGACCGUGCCAACCUCCUGCGGCACCAGCGGGGCCACACAGGCGCCCGACCCCACACCUGUGCUGAGUGUGGGCGGUGCUUUGCCCAGCUGGCACACCUACGGGAGCACGGGCACACACACAGCAGGGAGCAGCCAUUCUGCUGCAGCCGGUGUGGCCAAGCCUUUGGGCACCGCUCAGCCCUGGCUGCGCACCAGCGCGCACACAGUGGGGAGCGCCCCAACCCCUGUACCCAGUGUGGGUGCCACUUUGCCCAGCUUGCCAGCCUGGUGGAGCACCGGCGGCGGCACACGGGCGAGAAACCUCACGAGUGCUCCCACUGUGGGCGCCGCUUCCGCCACCACUCAGCCCUGCUUCGCCACCAGUGCUCCCAUGCAGGGGAGCGCCCCUUCCGCUGCGGGCAGUGCAGUCGUGGCUACACCCGCAGCUCCAACCUCCUGCUGCACCAGCGGGUGCAUGCUGCUGAGUGA